AUGAAGACACUCCUGCUUCUCAGUCUCCUGCUUAUGUCGAUAGAUGCUAAAGUCUAUGAGAAGUGUGAAUUUGCCCGGAUUUUGAAGGAUAAGGGAUUAGAUGGAUUUCACAGACACAGAUUGACGGACUGGGUGUGUAUGGUUGAAAUUGAAAGUGGAUACAACACAGCAUUAAAAAGACAUUAUCGCAAUCUUGGAAUAAUCACAUCAACUAACUAUGGGAUUUUCCAGAUUAACAACAAGGAGUGGUGUGAUGAUGGUACACCUGCGUUCAGCUACAAUCUCUGUCAGAUCAAGUGUAGCAGUAAGUCAACCAAUGCUACUUCAAUCUUGCUUUUAGCUUGUAUCUGCUGUGGCUCCAUAAGUAACACUCUCAACCUCUAG